AUGAGCUCAAACCGAAGACCCAACAAUAAUAACACAGCACCUCCCCAACCCACAACAGCCGCUGCUAAUCCAGCUGAUGCUAAGAAUUAUGAAGAGUUGAAGGCGGAAUUGGAGGAGACAAAGAGAAAUAGAAAUUACUACCAAUUGGAAAGGGAUAGAAUAAAUUCCUUCUGGGAUAUUACAAAGAAGGAAGUGGAAAAUCUCAAGGGCGAGGUAAGGAACAUGCAGAGGGAGAUGGAAGAAAAUGAAGAAAGACAUCAGGUAGAAUUAAAAGUGUACAAACAAAAAGUUAGACAUCUUCUCUAUGAACAAAAGAUCACCAUUGAUAGAUUAAAAAUUGAAAGUGAGAAUGCUUUAAAGAUCCAAGCUGAUGAAUUUAGGCAAAAAUUAGCUCAAUUGAAAUCGGAUAAGAGAAAAUUAAAAAGAGAACUCCACUCUAUGGAAAUAGCUUACCAAGAAGAAAUCAAGGGGCUUAAAACGAAUCAAGACAAAAACUUGACAAAACAAACUGAGACAUUUGCAAGAAAACUUAAAGAGACCCAACUGAAAUAUGAAAUGAAAAUGAAAAAAUUAAGAGAAGAUUUAGAAUUGAGAGGGAGAAAAGAAACUGAAGAAAUUGAAGAAAGAAAAAAUACUCACAUCAAACAAUUAAUGGAAAAACACAAACUUGCCUUUCAACAAAUGAAGGAUUACUAUAUAACUAUUACUAGAAAUAACUUGGAAUUAAUCAAAACUCUGAAAGAUGAAGCUGCACUGAUGAAACAGGAAGAAGCAGACAAUGAAAAACUCAUGUUGGAAAUUGCUCAAGACAAUAAGAGAUUGAGUGAACCUCUUGUUAAGGCUCUGGCAGAAGUUAAAAAGCUCAGAAAUGAAUUGGCCAACUACCAAAAGGACAAGCUAUCUCUCAAAAAUGCCAAGAGCAGGCUGGUCAUGAUGGAAGAUCAAUUGAAGAAAUUGAAAUGGGAACAUGAGAUUUUAGAACAAAGCCAUAAGCAAGUGCACAGAGAACGUGACGAUCUUUACGAUAAGUUUGAAAAAACUAUUCAUGAAGUUCAACAAAAAACACUGUUCAAGAAUCAAGUUCUUGAAACAAAGGUUUAUGCACUUCAAGAAACUUUGGAAAAGAAGGAUGCCCAAAUUCAUGAAAUACUCAAAGCUUGUAACAUAGAUGAACACACAGCCGAAGAAAUCUCUGAAGGUCUUGAUAAUGUCAUUGAAGAAAAGAACAACACGAUACGAGAACUCAAAUUUGAAAUUGAAAAGAUGAAGAAGAGUUAUAAUGAUUUGAUACGAGUAAUUAAUGCCAAGAUGCAACAGUAUGGAAUUGAGGAUGAGUUAGGUAUUGAACCAAUCGCUAACGUUGUUGAUGAAGGUGUCCCAGGUAGAGUAUGGGUAAAAUAAGUAGCACUAAAUUCAACAAACACUAGGUUUUUUAUCUUGUAAAUAAAGUUAACAAUUGUUAUUGAU